GUUCGGGGCAGGAAGGAGGGAGGGAGGGAAGAUGGUGGUGGCGGGCGGGCGGCUCCUGGCGGCCGUCGCGCUUCACGCGGGCCGGGCCGGGUCUUUCCGCAGCCCCGCCGGGCUGGUCGUGCCCCGCCGCGGCGCUACCGUCACCCGCAGCGGUGCCAUUCUGCCCAAGCCGGUUAAGACGCCGUUCGGCCUCCUGCGGGUGUUCAGCGUGGUGAUCCCUUUCCUCUAUGUCGGGACGCAGAUCAGUAAGAACUUUGCAGCCCUGCUUGAAGAACAUGAUAUCUUUGUCCCAGAGGAUGAUGAUGACGAUGAUUAAAUGAACUGUAGUGGAAGAACUGAAGGCAGAAAACCAUUGACAAAGCAGUGGUUCCAAUAUUUGUCAUCUGUGUUUUGUACUUCCUGAAUGGGACAGGGGGUAUCUGUAUCCCCUUUGCCAGUGAUGUCCUGCGCACAUCUCACGACAGAAAUCUGUCAAUCAGGGUUGAAGGAAGUGUUUGAUCAGCCCUGCAUCCUUGCACACGCACGCUCACCUCAUCAAAGACUGCUUGGGAUCCCUUUUAUGAGCAAUAUGGGGAACACUUAAUUAAAGAUCAAGAGAUUGAGAUGCAUGACUUUGGUCUUGUUUUUUAUAGAUUAUGGGCCUGUGACCCAGCAUUUUCUAUUAACCUCUCUACCUUGGUAUGUCUGUGCUGGAAAGGAGGCUCUUUUCACAUUUAUGUCCUUUUAUGAGUCCUUUCUGUAAUUCAAUACUCAUCUACACCACAUGACAGGAAUCAUAGAUGAAGGAGCAGCCUCACAACACAGCCCUGUCAAAUAGAGCGCAUAUUGACAUUGGCACUGCAAUUCAAAUAACGCUGAUUUACAGCCUGGCACUA